UAUGGCCUCAGGGCUAGGGCUCCAAAACACUACUUAAGCGACCAAGGAGCAUAUAUUUUGCGCUUCUCUGCUUGAAUAUCGCUUCAUCCGCCGUUUCCUCUGGAAGAAAGCUUCAAGCGCAUCGAUCUCAAGUCUAUCUACCACUCUGCUGCUUAAAGCUGUUCCAUAAUGGGUAAGGAGAAGGUUCACAUUAACAUUGUGGUCAUUGGCCACGUUGACUCUGGGAAGUCAACUACCACCGGUCAUUUGAUCUACAAGCUUGGAGGUAUUGACAAGCGUGUAAUUGAGAGGUUUGAGAAGGAGGCUGCUGAGAUGAACAAGCGUUCGUUCAAGUAUGCCUGGGUGUUGGACAAGCUCAAGGCUGAACGCGAGCGUGGUAUUACCAUUGAUAUUGCCCUCUGGAAGUUUGAGACUACCAAAUACUACUGCACUGUUAUUGAUGCCCCCGGACAUCGUGACUUUAUCAAGAAUAUGAUCACUGGUACCUCGCAGGCUGAUUGUGCUGUCCUUAUCAUUGACUCAACCACUGGUGGUUUUGAAGCUGGUAUUUCCAAGGAUGGUCAGACACGUGAGCAUGCAUUGCUUGCCUUCACCCUUGGCGUCAAGCAAAUGAUCUGCUGCUGCAACAAGAUGGAUGCAACAACCCCAAAGUAUUCCAAAGCUAGGUAUGAUGAAAUUGUAAAGGAAGUAUCGUCCUAUCUCAAGAAGGUGGGUUAUAACCCUGACAAGAUCCCAUUUGUCCCGAUCUCUGGGUUCGAGGGUGACAACAUGAUCGAAAGGUCAACCAACCUUGACUGGUACAAGGGUCCAACCCUGCUUGAUGCCCUUGACAUGAUUCUGGAACCCAAGAGGCCUUCAGACAAGCCUCUUCGUCUCCCACUUCAGGACGUCUACAAGAUUGGUGGAAUUGGUACUGUCCCGGUGGGUCGUGUUGAGACUGGUGUUCUCAAACCUGGCAUGGUCGUCACCUUUGGCCCAACUGGUCUGACCACUGAAGUAAAGUCUGUUGAAAUGCACCAUGAGGCUCUGCAGGAGGCCCUGCCCGGAGACAAUGUUGGAUUCAAUGUGAAAAAUGUUGCCGUCAAGGAUCUCAAGCGAGGGUUUGUUGCCUCAAACUCAAAGGAUGACCCUGCAAAGGAAGCUGCCAACUUCACUUCCCAGGUUAUUAUCAUGAACCACCCUGGUCAAAUUGGAAAUGGUUAUGCCCCAGUUCUCGACUGCCACACCUCCCACAUUGCAGUCAAGUUUGCUGAGAUCUUGACCAAGAUUGACAGGAGGUCUGGCAAGGAGCUUGAGAAGGAGCCCAAGUUCUUGAAGAAUGGAGAUGCUGGGCUUGUGAAGAUGAUUCCUACCAAGCCCAUGGUGGUGGAGACUUUCUCUGAAUACCCGCCACUGGGUAGAUUUGCUGUUCGGGACAUGAGGCAGACUGUGGCUGUCGGUGUCAUCAAGAGCGUGGAGAAGAAGGACCCAACUGGUGCCAAGGUCACCAAGGCUGCUCAGAAGAAGAAAUGAAAGGGUCAUAUUGGUAUUUUGGUACUCAGAGAACUUGAAGUUUAUUUUACGUCUCAGGUCUGGUUAAGUUUUGUCCGGUCGGUCUGUCGGGCCCUGUUGCUGUCCACUAGCCCCUGUUGUGGGGAUGGUGGUUGGCGGCGGCAAGCAAUUCAGGUUCUAGAACUGGGUGCUUGAUGGUCAAGCAACAAAAGGCCUUUUUUCCCCCCCCUUUAAAAUCUAUGUUUUGCAAGUACUUCGUUUUUCCUUUUUUUAGUUUUGAGAGGAGGAAUUGGAUAGAAGGGGAACCUCAUUUGUUGUGCUACUUGCGGUCUCUUUAUCCCGUUUUCAAGUAUUUGAGCUCUGUUUCAUUUAGAA